CUUGCAGGGAGGAGGCAGCGCGGAUAAAUCAGGCUGCUUGCGCACCCCGCCGCGGGGGAGGGGGACUGCGCUGCGCCGAGGGCUGGAUGGCCUCUGCGCACGCCAGGUCUCCCCGCUCCUCUGUGCCUUGUGUGAAGCCUGCCCUAUGAGAGGGGCAUGUCGUGAGCCGGCACCAGCUCCCCUCCCUCUGAGAUGGCAGCUACGGAGAGCUUCAGCGCGACGCACCCUGGGAACCCCCAGCCUGGGGACCUGAUCGAGAUUUUCCGACCAGCUUAUCAGCACUGGGCCCUCUACCUGGGGGAUGGAUACAUCAUCAACGUGACACCUGUAGAUGAAGGGCCUGCGGCGUCAUUCGCCAGCGCCAAGUCAGUCUUUAGCAGAAAGGCCCGGGUGAGGAUGCAGCUCCUGAAGGAUGUGGUGGGAAACGACACCUACCAAAUCAACAACAAGUACGACGACACCUACCCUCCCCUUCCCGUGGAGGAGAUCAUCCGGCGCGCUGAGUACCUCAUCGACCAGGAGGUGUCUUAUGACCUGCUUGGCAACAACUGUGAGCACUUUGUGACGCUGCUCCGCUACGGCGAGGGGGUCUCUGAACAGGGAAACCCAGCUCAUGCCAAAUUCAGGACGAAGCAUUCAGCAAGCACUGACAUCUCUGCAGCUUCAGCCAGACUGCGGCUCCUCUACGUCGCUGCCCCAAGGAAGGAGCGAGGCAGCCUAGACGCGUGUACAGAGGGACGGACGCUUGCAGGAGCGGGCUGGCUGAAGCCCACAGAUUGCAGCGCACAGAGUUACUUCCUAUUGCGGUCCCAGUUCGUUGCCAUAUUGAAACGCAAUAACCAGCUCUCAUUACUGUUUGACAGCAGCCUCUGAAACUCAGCUCAGUGAGCCUUACACGAGCAUUAGCAUAUUGGGUAAUUAGCAGUGUAAUCACCAUCUGCCAGGAAGGUGGUGUUAUAUGGUGCAGCUACUGCCACUGUGCUUCCUCUGUCGGGAAAGGGGGGAAAGUCUGGGAAGGGGCUGGGGCUAGGGCUGGGCAGAC